CUUGCUGUGCUACCUCAACCUCAGAGCUCCUUGUUUUCAGGAUUCAUGUUCUCGCUGACUGAGUGGCACGAAUCCGAAUACCUCUGCUGUUCUGCAGCUAUUCGCUCUUCGUCGCUUUGUCCUGUGAUGUUGAGAUUUCGCCGUUUUUGAUAGCAUCGCGUCUCGACCGAUAUCUUCAUCACGAGUUGAGGAAACGGAGAGAUGAUCGACGAUGAAACGUCGAUUGCAUGUCAACUUAAAAAAUUAUCGCUAGUGGAGUCGUGUGCUGUGGUACUAUGUAUGACGAGCAUCAACUAGGAGGGCACUCCAGCGAGGUUGCAAUGCGAUUUCAGCAGCUUAAGGCAAAAGAAUUGCAAGCGCGUGUAUGAUUAUGUGAGUAUCGUGAGGGUUGUUCAUUUAAUCCGCGGGCGCAGAAGAUCCGGAUUUCCACACUGAAAAAACAUUCGCAUCGAGGUCCUUGAGGUCUGCCUUCGACUUGCAUCUUGGAAGAGACCACCACGUGGUUUCAAUCGAGCAGUUCAACAAGAGCAACCAGCGUUGUUCAGUGCCAAUGCGAUUACUUUUCCCUCUCUCGCUCGCAAUCCUUCACGAAUCAGCCUACUUCGUCGCGACUGCCAUUUCGGUAGAGAACAAGGGACCAGUUCAAAAAGAGGCUGCUGAAGCGCGAUUUGGUCGUCGCGGCGAGACACUAAACGAUGACGCAGUUGGCGCCGGCGUACCAGCACAGCGAAACCAAUUGGAGCCCACUUCGAUUCCUCGUGUCGUCGAGGAGGACGUAGCGAGAUCUUCGGAGGUCGUGGUGGCAACGAAGGCUAUCGACCGGGAUCUUCGAGAUUCCGCAGCGAAUAAAGUAUCACGACCCGUCCGCACGGAGUUCGAAGAGAGGAGCAGCUCCACGACUACUUUUCUGCACGAAAUUGAUGAGAUCGGGAGCGUGCGAGGCAAGAUCAAGAAGAAGCGUGUACUUUCAACAGUGGACAACGGGAACAGCACGAAGACAUGGAAUCCAGGAGACAGCGAUAAAAAUGCAGCACCAGAUGAUUCUGCUCCACGACCACGCGAGAAGAUCGAGCAAGGUGGUGGGGCAGAGGACGUCGAACCGCAGCAGCCUCUGAUGCGAAAAGAGCGACCAGGAAAAUUGGUGUCGGGACUGCGCGAAGUAGAAGGUGAUUUUGAAGUCGAUGACCAGGAACUGCAAGAUCGCGAGCAGCAGGGGACUGUUCAGCAAGCUUCGUCAAGUAGGAUGCAGGACCGAAGUACACCUGGCGUAGGACGAGCUGGAGCUGCAGGCGGGACAUCAGGAGAUCACGCAGUCUCGGAGCCGGAGGGGAACCACGCUGUGCCUGCAACUGACGAGAUAAUGGAAAUGCAGACAGGUCGUGAUAUUGAGGACCUUCCGACGGCGCCGUGGCAACAUCUCGACGACAGCGACAACAGUAAUCUCGCAGAAUUUGGACAUCGGGUUCGUGUCUCACAGGCAAGCCGCAUUUACGAGUGCCCUGCUGAUUCGAAACCAACCUGCACGGCAGAGGACUGCUACAGCACGCACAUGAACUCCCAUAGCGGGGAAAAAGAGACAGGAGCGUACAAGCGCGGCCCCGAUGAUGGAGUGUCGUGCCACGGCGGAGAAGACGCAGCCCAGACCCAGAGUGCUGGAGACCCCUACACGCUCUCGAGCAUUGAGACACUGCUCUCAGAGUGCAAGGGCCUUUGCGACGAUAUGCGCGCCGAAUUUGGGGCUCACAUGUGUGCGGGUUUUGCCGCCCGCCACUCCAGCGGCCAGCAUUACCAGUGUCUUAUAUACCAUCGGCCGGUCCAAGUCCAGCGUGGGGGCACGUCCGGUAGCAAGUUUUUAAACGCGCAUCUCACGCUCUGGUGCGAUCCUGACGACCCAAACGUCUGCGACCCAACGACCACCACUACUACAUCAACGACCACAACUUCUAGCACGGCCGCCCCAGGCGGCAGUGGAAAGAGUAGCGGAGUAGAUAACAGCACAAAUAACGCGUCAAAUAAAGAGACUGAGACGGCGUCACCCGGAACUUCGGGAGACGCAGCAGCGGCCGAAAGCGGCGGCCUGCUGACUCCGAUGAAUAUGGCAAUCGCAGCGGGAGUCAUCGUCGCGGGGGGAGCGAUCUACUUCAACUACUUUGCGGUCUAGCCUACAGCUGAUGUCGUUUCUUCGAGUAGAAAAAUCUCUCUGAUUUGGUGAGUAUGGAGCUCGAGGCCGAGAUGAUCAGAAUGCGCAGUUGUGUCUAUCGUCUUGCUUAAUUUUGAUAAAUGGAGUAGUCUGUAGAAUUUGAAGCUAAGAAGUACUCACUUACUUAAGUACUCGCGUUACCUGUAAGUCACGGCAGAAAUUGCACUCUAUUUUGAUUUUUUUCGGUCAUGGGCUGGCAUUACGAAGGCAGCAGGAUGAUGCGACAACAGAAGAAACUAUAUGACAAAAAUGAUCUACAUCUACAUGUAUUUGGGUGGUCUCAGAAGCGAAGAGAGACCCACCUACUGACGUGCUAUUCGAUUAU